UCUUAUUUACAAUUUCUUUUUUGCACGGAGGAGGUUUACAGCAAGCCACCAUGAAGCUGAAAUUACCAAACCCAGGACUGGAUGACCGAAUCCCAUCUCAUGAAGAUUUGGAAAGGAUGGAAACCGAGGAGGCUGGGGACAGGCCCAAAUGGGACAACAAAGCCCAGUACCUCCUCACCUGCGUGGGCUUCUGCGUGGGACUCGGUAACGUCUGGAGGUUCCCGUACCUGUGUCAAAGCCACGGAGGAGGAGCGUUUAUGAUCCCGUUCCUUAUCCUGUUGGUUCUGGAGGGAAUCCCGCUGCUGCACUUAGAGUUUGCCAUCGGUCAGCGCCUGAGAAAGGGCAGCGUGGGAGUGUGGAGAGCAAUCAACCCUUACCUGACUGGAGUUGGCAUUGCAUCGUUACUUGUCUCACUUUUGGUGGGUAUGUAUUACAACACCAUCAUGGCCUGGAUCAUGUGGUACCUGUUCAACUCCUUUCAAGAUCCUCUGCCUUGGAGCCAAUGCCCUCUCAAUGCUAACAGCACAGGUUUAGUGGCUGAGUGCGCACGGAGCACCACUGUUGACUACUUCUGGUACAGAGAGACUCUGAACACUUCAGCAGCCAUUGAUGACCCUGGAAGUUUGCAGUGGUGGAUGGUGCUGGCCCUGUUCGCUGCCUGGACUCUGCUGUAUGUGUGCUGCAUUCGUGGCAUUGAGACUUCUGGCAAGGUCUGA